CGCUGGUUGAAUAGGGUAGUCUAAUCCCUUUCUCCGCUCCUUUUUUGACAUUUAGCUAGCUAGCUAGGUAGUCUAAUCAUUCAGAUGUCAAGAUGGCCGCCUCAGAUUCAAAUUAUAUUCUUUAGACACUGAUCUGUCCUUUGUUUUUAUUCAGCCAUUUGGAUCUUUUGUUCAUUCGACAGAAAAGAUGCUGCCCCCUGGAUAAGAUGCACAAAACUACGCUGAUUAAGAUCACAGAGCUCAAUCCGAACCUCACCUGCCCGCUGUGUGUGGGCUACUUCAUCGAUGCCACCACCAUCGUGGAGUGUCUGCACUCCUUCUGCAAAUCCUGCAUCGUCAGCUUCCUGGAGACCAAUAAAUUUUGUCCCAGGUGUGAUGUCAAGGUCCAUAAAAGUCGGCCCAUGCUCAGCAUCAGGUCAGAUAAAACCCUGCAGGACAUUGUGUACAAGCUGGUCCCAGGGCUCUUCAGAGAUGAGAUGAAACGAAGGCGGGACUUCUACACAGCAAACCCUGUGGUUGAUGAAGCUCAGGCCGUCAGGGAGGGCCAUGGGGAGGUGAGGGAGGAGGUGAGGGUCCCGGAGGAGGACGAGAUCAUCAGCCUCUCCAUCGAGUUCCACCAGGAGAAGAAAAACGACAAGAAGGCCCCGGACUCCAGAGAGGCAGACCGAGAGAAGCCCAACAGUAAACGCUUCCUUCGUUGUCCAGCUGCCAUGACCGUCAUGCUUCUGGCCAAGUUUCUGCGCAGCAAGAUGGACAUCCCCAACAACUACAGGAUUGAGGUUCUGUAUGAAGGCGAGCCUCUCAAAGACUAUUACACCCUAAUCGACAUCGCCUACAUCUACACAUGGAGACGGCAGAACGGCCCCCUGCCACUGCGCUACUGCGUCCAGCCGCCACGGAAACGGCUGAAGCUGUCCCACCCCUCCGCCGCCUCCGGCUCCGCCCACUCCGAUGGCGUCAACACCAGCCCCGCCUCCGACAGCGAGUCGCUAAGCGACAAGCCCAGCAGCCCCAACACGCUCCCGUCCAGCUCCUCCCCCUUACCCAGCCCGGACCCCCACGGCCCCGCCCCUUCCACCGGCGCCCUGCUCAACGGCUCCCCCUCGCAGGACGGCCCCCGCAAGCACAAGCCCGACGCGGGAGGGGGGGGCACCUGGGGCGGGGCGCUCACCUGAGACCGCCUCCCCUUUCCGGGGGGAGGGGCUUCUCCUACCUGUACCUGUACACAUUUUUAUUUAAUCUACUCUUUCAAUGGACGGACAGCUCCCCUGGGAGACGAACGAGACUAUCACCUUUUAUAUGCAUCGCCUUUUUGUUUCUAAUUGUAUGUUACUCCUCUGGAACCAGCAGCUUGGACUGGACAGUUUGGAACCAGAGGUUCGGUUUGUUUGCAUGAAAGGGGGGUGGGUGGGGCAUACACACACACACACAUAUAUAUACAUAUAUAUAUAUAUAUAUAUACACACUUCCAUUAGAGUGCGUGUUUGUAUAUACAAGUGCAUACGUUACGUUGUUCCCCCUCAAGCCAAAAUGGAUGGAGUAGACAAGGGGAGGGUUUGUGCUCCAUGUAAAGGUGUCCAUUUCACAUGAACGCCAACCUUGAUGACGCAACACUACGGGAAUGAAUCGUCCUGAUUUUUGUAACCGCACGCCAACGCCGCGUUCCUGGACUCGCGUAGUUAUCCCAGACCCGUCGUUACUGCGCUCGAAAAGCAUUCGAGUGCGCUUACCGAGCUGCGAUUACGAGCGCGAUAGGCUCGUCACGGAGUUUACCGACGACUUGGCGUACUUCGACGUUUGAUUUCCCAGAAAAAAAACUAAACAAAAAAAAAAAAAAGCCGGAAAACUUGGCUGCGUUUUGGCCACUAAAUUGUAUAACAAACUGUAACUUUUUCUAUUAAAAAAAACAAAAAAAAAACGUUUUUGUAACCUAUGAUCAUGUAAAUUAUUGUCUGGGUUUGAGGCACCCGACUGCACCCGAGUUUGAAGAGCGUAGAGACAGAGGGUGAUUGGUAAAGCACCAUGCUUUCUCCGGGAUGUCUGUUGUAUAAAUAAAUACAUGCAUAAAUGAGUACAUUGGUAACGUGUCUUAAAGGAAAUGCCUUGCUUUAAAAUGUGGGGGGUACAGAAAUGUUAAUUUAAGUCAUUUUAUUGCUAGAUGAGGAAAAAUUGGGAUUUAAAUUUGACUUUUUAAAAUUUUAUUUAACUGUAGUUUUAAAUCUCCAUUGCAAUGCUUCCAAUUAUCUAUGGGAAAUCCCUGCAUUUAAUUUAUAGUUCUGACCAAAACCGGUGUGCAAAUGUGUAAGCACUUUUCUGAAAGGGUGCUCUCCAACCAUGAAAAAUAGUAAUAAACACAAAAAAAAAACAAA